AUGGCAACUAUAAUCAUUCUAUUCAAGAAUCCGGAAAAUCAGAGAAUUCCAGAAGGGUCUCUGAUAGCUAAUCUCCAACGACUGAACAUUGCCAACCUCCUCAUAUUCACCGGAAGCAUUGUGUGCUUUCUACUAGCCCUUCAAUGGGGUGGAACGACGUAUAGUUGGAAUAGUGGAAGAGUGAUUGCCCUUCUGGUAGCCGCUGGUGUCAGCUUUGCCUUUUUUCUUGCUAUCGAAGUACUUCGGAAGGGCCGCGCCACUAUUCCCAGCUCUGUAAUACUCAACAGGACUGCGGGACUGUGCCUUGUCUACGCCUUCUGCACGUCCUCAGCCUUCGCUGUUAUGGAUUACUUGUUGCCUAUUUGGUUCCAAGCAAUCAAGGGCGCCUCAGCAGCUCAAUCCGGGCUAAUGCUUCUCCCGUCGGUCAUUGGGCUCUCAGUUGCGGCCAUAAGCUCUGGCUUUAUCGUCUCCUUUGUUGGGUAUUACACACCACUUAUGCUUCUUGGAUCCACGAUGAUGGCCAUUGGGUUCGGGUUUCUAACAACUUUUACGCCAACCACCGGGCGUGCGGCAUGGAUUGGAUGGCAAGCCAUGUUUAGUUUCGGUAUCGGAUUGGCGUUUCCUCAGCCAUGGUCGGCUCCCCAGACGGUGCUUGCGGCGGAGGACAUUCCUGCUGCAAUGGCAGCUGUCGGGUUCGCAAUAAGCAUUGGAGCCGCUCUUUUCAUCUCCAUAUCGCAAAACAUUUUCACAAACCUCCUCCGAAAUGGUUUAUCCGACGUUCCCGGCAUUGAGGUGAACGAGAUUGUUAAUCAGGGGGCGACAAACUUGCUCCAGACCGUACCCAUAUCUGAGAGGGAACAGGUGGUACACAUCUAUAACUCUGCGAUCACAACCACAUUCUGGGCAUGUGUGGCUGUGGUCUGUUUGGGUAUGUUGGCCGCACUAAGCAUGGAGUGGAAGUCUGUGAAAGAUGCGAAGCGAGAUGCGAAGAGCGAGAAAUAA